AUGCUUACUAUCACCAAGUGGCUCGUCUAUGGCUGCUGUGCUCUCUCAACCGUGGCAACCAGAGCACCUUUGCCAAAAGACUGCCGGAAUACUCCGACUAGUCGAGGCUGCUGGAGAGAUGGGUUUGACAUUCUGACAGACUACACCAAUCACACACUGGUCCCGCCUGGCAAGCUGGUCGAGUACAAUCUCACCGUCAGUCAGCAAGUCAUCUCUCUCGAUGGAUACGAAAAACUAGGAAUGGUAGUUAAUGGACAGUGUCCUGGCCCUACGAUCGAAGCAGAUUGGGGGGACACUAUCCGAAUUAGCGUGUACAAUAAUUUCACCGACAACCACAACGGUAGCUCUAUUCACUGGCAUGGACUGCGUCAGUUCGAGACCAACUAUCAGGACGGAGUCCCUGGAGUCACGCAGUGUCCGAGCAAGCCUGGAGACGCGCAAGUAUACGAGUUUCGGGCAACACAAUAUGGAACGUCCUGGUAUCAUUCGCAUUUCAGUCUGCAGUAUAGCAAUGGACUCUUUGGCCCAAUUGUCAUUCAUGGACCAUCGAGCAUGGACUGGAAUGAGGACUUGGGGCCCUGGCUCCUGCAUGACUGGUACCACGACGAUGUGUUUUCCCUGCUUUGGAUAGGAGAGACGACGAAUCGAGGAGCGAUUCCCGAGUCUACCAUCUUGAAUGGCAAGGGGAAGUUCGACUGCAAUCACAGCAACGAUACGCGCUGCACCGGAACAGGAGGAGACUAUUUUGAGGUCAGUUUCAGGAAGGGAAUCAAGUACAAGUUGACUAUAGUCAAUACGGGUACCCUGCUAGAAUAUAUGUUCUGGAUAGAUGGGCACAACCUGACCGUCAUUGCGGCGGACUUCGUCCCCAUUGAACCGUAUGUCACCAAUGUGGUGAACGUGGCCAUGGGCCAGCGGUAUGAAAUCAUUGUCGAGGCAAACGCGGACUUCACUCAUGGUUCCAACUUCUGGAUUUACGCCCAAUAUUGCGGCGAGGUCGAUGUACUCCCCCACAAGGCAGUCGGGAUUGUGCGCUACGACGAACAGGACCGUCGUGAUCCCUGGACACGCCCUCUCAGCGAGCAGCAUCGGGACUUUGGCUGUGCCGACCCUGACCCAGACCACCUCGUUCCUGUUGUCCAGCAGUCAGUUGAGAGGCCAGUGAACAGCAUGAAGAUGGACGACUACCUGAGAGUGGGCCAGGAGGGCUAUCCCGACCCGUUGAAUUUCGGCAGUGACCUCCACAAAUGGGUCCUGGGUGAUGUACCGAUGUUUGUCGAUUGGGAGAACCCCAGUCUCAAGAAAUUGGCCGUGGACGGGCAUUCUGACUUCCCACCGGAGACUGUUCCCAUCGUGCUGGACUUCGAGACAGGUGCCUGGGUCCACUUUGUCAUUAUGAACAACUAUACCUUUGAGAAUGCCCACUUCCCGCGCAACUUGACUCCUAUUAUGCACCCGAUGCACUUGCACGGGCACGACUUUGCCAUCCUCGCUCAGGGCAGAGGCGAGUUUGACCCGGCCACAGUCCCGAAGCUGGAUAAUCCUGCCCGCCGCGACGUGGUGAACCUCGAUACGGGCAGCUAUGUCUGGAUCGCCUUCCAGGUCAACAACCCGGGGGCUUGGCUGCUUCAUUGCCAUGUAGCUUUUCAUGUCAGUAGUGGGCUGUCCUUGCAGUUCAUCGAGCAGCCCAGUAAGAUUAAGUCGCUCAUGGCGGCGGCCGGUGUGCUGGGGGAGUUUCAAGAUCAAUGCGCCGCAUGGUCAAAGUAUUAUGACAGCGUGAACAUUCCUGAUAAUAACACUAUCGAGGAUUCGGGCAUCUAG